ACAACAAAGAUGGCGGCGCCCGCUGAAAACGUGAUGGAUUUCUCUGUCAAACUUAAUGAAGUUAAUAAUGAAGAUUUUGAUAACAGACACUUGUACAUUUUACAGAGUUUAACGAAGGCUUUUCGGGAGCCGGAGUUUAGAUGCUGCGUGGAAAAAGAUGUUCUCCGGACGAUGAUGGAGGUCUUAUCAAAGCUAUUUGAGGAGAUACGUGUUCUAAGCCAACAGGAGCUGGCGUCGGACCUAGGAUGUUUGUGCUUGCAUCUUACAGCAGAGUGUUUCCGAAGUCAGCGAAACGCCUGCGUGCAGUGCUCUCGCAACCAGACCUUAAUGAGAGAUCUGGGAUUCAUUAAAGUGUCACUCAGUCAUCUUACCAUGCUCCUCAAGCUUCAGCUGGAGAACGCAGACCGCCAGUUUGAGGCAGCGCUGCGCUGUGGAGUACAGUUCCUCGGAAACCUCGCGGUGGGGAACCAGACCUGCAAAGACGACAUUUGGAUGGACAGCUUUCCCCAUCUGUUCUUGGAGCUCCUGGACCACGGUGACGAGAAGACCGCGGCCUACAGUGCCAUGGUGCUCUACACUUGUCUGGACCCCAACAAAGUGGAAGACAUGGUCUCACAUCAGGAGCAUCAGGAUGUGGCCAGGAAGGUCAUCGCUCUUUGCCAGAAGCAGCCGGAUCUCGACUGGGCAGUGUUAAUAGUUACACAGCACUUCCUGAAGUCUCCUGAGCUCACUGAGAAGAUGUUUGCCGAGCUGAGCUGCCCUGAGAGGGUUACCCUGCUGGAGCUCAUCGCAGCCCAGCUGGGGGCACCGGAGGAGCCUCAGGAGCCUGUUAUCCUGCCCAGGCUCGCAGAGUUUCUGGCUACCUACUUCGUGGAUCACUGUAAGGCUGUACUGGAGCUGGCCUCUGGGCCCUUCCCUGCAGACACGGAUGCCCUGACUAUCACGAGGCUACUAGACGUGCUGUGCGAGAUGACCUCAGAUCGGAAGCCGUUUAUGUUCCUGCAGGAUCACCCAACGCUCCUCAGCAGCACCGUGGAGCUCCUGAAGGAGGUGCACUUCCUGGGCAAGGCUGGUCACAGUGUGUUCAGCACCAUGCAAGACUUCUCUGCGGCCAGCUCGGCUUCACACCCCGCUGUCAGCUUUAAGGCGCACCUGGUGCGGCUCGUCGGGAACCUCUGCCAUGUCAAUGUGGAAAACCAAAAUAAGGUCAGAGAACUGGAUGGAAUUCCUCUUAUCCUGGACAACUGCUGCAUUGAUAGCAACAACCCCUUCAUCAGCCAGUGGGCUGUCUUCGCCAUCCGUGUUCUUCUGGAGAACAACCGGGAGAACCAGGCGGUGGUUCAGGCCCUGGAGCGGCGGGGUGUGGCCAAUGACUCAGCCCUGCGGGACAUGGGCUUCCGGCUGGAGGAACGAGAUGGCAGGCUGUUGCUGAAGCCCAUCCGCAAGGAGCCAUGAUGGACAGUGGGGGGGCUUCUCUCCAGACCCAUGGCUACAACUACUGUAAAUAAUCCUGCUUCAGAGACUAAAUAAAAACAAAGAAACACACCA